UAUACAUAUAAAAAAAAUAUUAUGAGAACGAGUGACAGAAUAUUGUCAAAUAUUUAUUGAAGACCAAAUUGUUUUUGUUCGUUAUUUUUCAUCUUUUAUGAUCGAAAAAGAUGGGCUUCGUUGAUAAUUUUUUGGGAUUUAUUGGCUUUGGAAUUGGAAUUCCAUUUGGUAUUUUACUGGGAUUUUUCAUCUUCAUACACUUUAGACCCACAGAUGUUGCUACGAAGGAAAUUGUUAGUAAGCCGUUCAAGGAACUCGACUCGAGCUCCGUAAUCGAUCUUAUUCAAGACCUUCCACUAUGGGUGAUGAGUCCCGAUUACGAGAGAGUCCAUUGGUUGAACAAAUGUAUUGAAAGCACGUGGCCUUACUUUGAUAAGGCUGCAUGUGGGAUGAUUAGAAUCUCAGCAGAAUCUACUUUAGCCGAGUACAUAGGCAAAUUUCAGAUAGAAACUAUUUAUUUCGAGCACCUUACUCUUGGAAAUUUCCCUCCUAAAGUUCACGGUCUCAAAGCUCAAGAAUCGAAAGAAAAUGAACUAGUUCUUGAUCUUGCGUUGAGAUGGGCUGGAAAUGCAGAUAUUGUUCUUGUAUUCAAACUGCUAUCAGUUCGAUUUUCUAUCCAGAUAGUAGAUAUUCAAAUAUCGGCAGCUACAAGGAUAUCGUUGAGACCUUUUGUGCCCACUUUCCCGUGUUUUUCGAGCAUUGCAAUAUCAUUGAUGGACAAGAUUUGCAGCCAAAGAUAGAUUUUGGGUUCAAAGUGUGUGGUGCAGAUGUUAUGUCCAUUCCCGGCCUAUACCAUCUUGUUCAGGAAGUUGUGGCAAGACAAGCUGCUAAACUCUAUCUAUGGCCCCAAACGUACGAACUGGAUAUACUCGACGAUUCAAUAGGAGCUACAAAGAAGCCUGUGGGUAUACUUCACGUGAAGGUUGUGAGAGCUAAAAAGCUUUUAAAUAUGGAUUUUUUAACAACAUCCGAUCCGUACGUUAAGCUCAGUUUAACCGGUGAAAGAUUACCAGCGAAAAAAACAACGGUCAAGAUGAAUAAUUUGAAUUCCGAGUGGAACGAGGAUUUCAAGCUGAUCGUGAAGGAGCCCGAGACUCAAUUUCUACAGAUUCAACUAUACGAUUGGGAAAAGGUUGGGGCUCAUGAUUAUUUAGGCAUGCAAAUUGUUCCACUUAAUGUACUAAAACCGUACGAGAAGAAAGAGUUCACGCUCGAUUUGAAAAACAGCACGGAUCCUAACGAUCGUCGAAACUUAAAGCCGAGGGGACAAAUCACGAUACAGACAACCUUUGUCCCUUUUCAAGAAGACAGCAAAAAGUUUAGCGGCUCGUUUGAUGAUAAUAAGAAUAAUGGUAAUAACAAUUAUGCAGAGGAUGGAAAUUCCCAAAAUAGCCUCGAAAACGUGUCUUUGAGUGGGUCCGGUUUGCUCCUCCUCACCGUUUUGAAGGCAAGGGAUGUCGAGGGGAAAAACCAUAACAACCCUUAUGCUACGGUUAUCUUAAGAGGGGACAAAAGAAAAACUAAGUUUGUCCUUGACGAGGCUCCCGUGAAGGACAGAAUUCACGUGGAGGUCACGAGUUGCAAGAGACGAAUGGGUUUCAUGUUUAAGGAGUCGUUGGGGUUCGUAGAUAUUAACCUGGCCGACGUCGUCUACAAUGGGCACAUCAAUGAGAAGUAUCAUCUUAUCAAUUCAAGAAAUGGGAUUAUACACUUGGAUAUUAGAUGGAAAGUCAUUUGACAUUAGUCCAUGUAUUUUUUCUUCUUCUUUUUUUUUUUUUU